AAUCGAAGUAUUGAGGGUCAGGGCUGCUGUCGGGGGAGGAGAUUUCUUGGACUGGCAAUGAUCAUCAAAUGGAAAAAAAGUUUCUCCCGCUAUAACUAAGGGAAUGAAUGUUACAGAGUUCAACGUGGAAAGAAAAUCUGCGAAAAGAAGACCCACACCCCCUACUGGCCCGAGCCGUCCAUUGCUGCGGGAGAGAUGAAGGUCAGAGCACCGGAGGACCACAGGGGCAGGUCUGGAGAGGGGCGGGGCUCCUGUAGUGGGAGGAGCCAAGGCCCUGCCCCCUCCCGUACGACGAGUCAUUUCCGUCCGCCGAGAAACAGAGAAAGAAGCCGGUGGAGUUGCGGGCAGAGCGCCUCGGGCCGGACUUCCCUGGUCGCAAGUGGCAGGCCGGCGCUAGGGAUGGCCGAGGUGGAGCCCCAGGGCCGCCUGUGGCUGGAGAGCCCCCCUGGGAGUGCGCCCCCCAUCUUCCUGCCCUCGGACGGGCAAGCCCUGGUCCUCGGCCGGGGACCCUUGACCCGGGUUACCGACCGGAAGUGCUCCAGAAACCAAGGUGGGCGGGGCCGGGGCUGCAGGGGGUGUGGCCCGCUGCUGGAGCGGGAACGCAGUGCAGGAAAGCUGGACGGCCGGUCCGUGGAGCUGGUCGCAGACCCUGGGACUAAGACCGUGGCAGUGAAACAGCUGGGAAUUAACCCCUCAACUGCUGGGACCCAGGAGCUGAGUCCGGGGGCAGAAGGCUCUCUGAGGGUGGGGGACACACUGUAUUUGGUCAACGGCCUCCACCCGCUAACCCUGCGCUGGGAAGAGGCCCGCACGUCUGAAUCCCAGCAAGACACUCCACCCGGCACCCCUCCGGUGGCCCCAGACGCUUCAGGGGACGUUGAACCACCGAAGAAGAAGCGGAUGCGGAAGUCAUCCUCCGGCUGGGAGAAUUUUGAGAAGCUGCUAGUGUUUACAGCACCUGGGGUGAAGCCCCGGGGCAAGGUGGCCGCCUUUGAUCUGGAUGGGACCCUCAUCACCACCCGCUCUGGGAAGGUCUUUCCCACUGGCCCCAGUGACUGGAGGAUCUUGUACCUAGAGAUUCCCCGUAAGCUCCGGGAACUGGAUGCGGAAGGCUACAAGCUGGUGAUCUUCACCAACCAGAUGGGCAUCGGGCGCGGGAAGCUGCCGGCAGAGGAGUUCAAGGCCAAGGUGGAGGCUGUGGUGGAGAAGCUGGGCCUUCCCUUUCAGGUGCUGGUGGCCACGCACGCCGGCUUGUACCGGAAGCCGGUGAUCGGCAUGUGGGACCAUCUGCGGGAGCAGGUGAGCCUCGGCGUCCGGGUCAUUCCCCUCUUCCCUCUGCCCGGCCUCCCCUCCACAGGUCUCCGGGGUUUGCCGUCCUGCCUCCUUCCUCUUCCUCUCCUCCCCUCCCCAGGUCCUCGCCUUCUGUGUCACAUUCUGUUGGUAGGUGAGGGCAACGCUCUCGAACUCAGAAAGUCAGAGCAGUCAAGGAGGAAAUCAGUCGCUUGUUGGUUGUUUUGUGUGUGCAAUUGUUCUGAAGUUCAACAGCUUCCUGAGCUGAAGGCCAACGAGGGCGUGCCCAUCUCCGUAGGGGACAGUGUCUUUGUGGGAGACGCAGCCGGACGGCCAGCCAACUGGGCCCCGGGGCGGAAGAAGAAAGACUUCUCUUGUGCGGAUCGUCUGUUUGCCCUCAACCUUGGCUUGCCCUUCGCCACACCGGAGGAGUUCUUCCUGAAGUGGCCCAUCGCCAGCUUUGUGCUCCCCACCUUUGACCCGAGAACCGUCUCCCCCUCGGGGCCGCUCUACCUCCCUGAGGCCAGCUCCCUCUUGAGUCACAGCCCUGAAGUGGUGGUCGCCGUGGGAUUUCCUGGGGCUGGCAAGACCACCUUCCUGCAGGAGCGUCUCGUGUCGGCUGGCUACGUCCACGUGAACCGGGACACCCUGGGCUCAUGGCAGCGCUGCGUGACCACGUGCGAGACCGCUCUAAAGCAAAGGAAACGGGUUGUGAUCGACAACACAAAUCCGGACCCUCCCACCCGGGCCAGGUACAUUAAGUGCGCCCGGGACGCAGGGGUCCCUUGCCGCUGCUUCCUCUUUGGCGCCACGCUGGAGCAGGCGCGCCACAACAACCGGAAAGCAGUUCGAGGCCCCGACGCUGGCGGAAGGCUUCUCGGCCAUCCUGGAAAUCCCGUUCCGGCUGAAUGUGGAGCCUCCCCUCGAGCGGCUGUACCGCCAGUUCUCAGAGGGCUGAGCUGCCCCUGCCCCCCAACCCCCAAUAAAUGGUUUUCCUUUAAGCUCGGGCACCAUUGUGCUGGGAAGAAGGGUGGUCUGCCCGGCCAAGGACUGGCACCUGGCUAGUCCCCAAGCAGGGGCGGGGGGGGACUCCCGGGGUGGAUACAGGGGUGGGAUUUGUCCUGAGCGUGUCUGGCCAGAUGCCUCUCCCGCCGGAGUAACUGAGGCCUCUCAGCCCAUGGCCGUGGGUGCUCUAGACACCCACUUGAGGGGGCUGGGGAGCCCCCUCAAGGGACACGGCCCCCCGGGGGGGCGGGGUAGGGUCUUCCUUGCGUGUGGCUGCCGGGCUGCAGAACCAGUGCAGGAGCAUGUGUGUUGUGACCCUGAGGAUGAGAGCUGGAUUUGGUGAGUGAGAAACUGCGAGCUGAAGUUGACCUUGGGGCAGGGCCUGCAGCAGUAAAGGGGGUGCUGGGAACACAGUCACAGGGGGCAGGUCCCCGGCCCCAGCUUGUGUUUGCUGCUGGCCAAGCACGACCUGUCGAACCCAAAGGGAUGGAGAGAGAACCCCGGCGGCAACGGGGAGCAGAACCCAGGCAUGCGACUGGCCUCGAAGACAGGACCACCAGGCACGGCGGGGCCUGCGGUCUGGGGACCGACCUGCCACUGAAGGCAUAAGUGGCUCCACGUGCGGCCCGUCCAUCUUCGCUCAGGUGAUGGUGCUCUCAGAGGGCCCCCCCCCCCCCCAUCACAAGGAUGCACGUUCCCACCCCCCACAGCAGGGGCGGGCUGGGCCAUCAGCUCUCUGGGAGCCAAUGCCACCCAGUCUGAGGACCCCCGGCCAAGGCUUCUGGACAUGGAGCGCGGUGGCCAACGGGCUUUUAAAAGACUUUAUUGGGGAAACGUACAGGGGUGGAGACCGUCCUUGGAGACAGCUCACGACGCGGUCCUCCAGCCCAUCUUGCUGGGCGGCUGCCAUCCCAGGGGCCCCUGCUCAGAAGCAUCUGACCUGGGGGCAGGAGAAGAGGAGGGGCUGGACGGGGCCUCCCAGCUCCUCAGGGAGGGGCCCUGGCUCAAAGGGGCGAGCCCUCUCCCCGCCCGGGGCUCCAUCACCUCCUGGGGGAGAGGGUGGCAGUUUCCCAGGAGGCCUGGGGCUACCGGAAGCUUCCCCGACAUGCCUCUCGGCUCCGGUCUCGAGACCAGAGUCACACGACUGCUCCCCAAGCCCCAGACACCUCAGAGGGUCCCUCGUGCACUCGGGCCGGGUGCCACUCACCGGUUUUGGCGGGGGCCUCGUCUGUGACUCCUGGAGGGGCCCAGCCUGGGGGUGGCCACUACCCCCCCAUCUGCGGGGGGGAAGGCAGGGGGGCUGUGUCAGUGGCAGGGACUUGGGAAGUGGGGGGAGGGGUGGGAGGUGGGGGUCCCGGCCUCACCCCCCGCUGCUGCUGCUCCUGCUCCAGGUUCCGCUGCAGGACCUGCUGCUGGUUGGCGAUGACGCGCCGGAUGCCGUUGACGAAGUUGCUCUGGUCGUGGGGGAUGAGGCCGAUGAAGAUCUUCUUCUCCGAGGAGUAGAGGAGCAUGAGCACGCGCACCUCGCACGACGCCUUGUAGGAGAAGUGCACGCAGCCGGCCUGGCGGGCGGGGGCGGGGGUCACUGGCCGCGGUGCGGAUGCGCCUCCCCACGGCCACCGGGGCAUGAGCACGUGGGCCGGCGCCCCUUGGAGCCGCGGCACACUGCGUCCUGACCACCGUCCCCCCAGCCCUGGUGUCGCUACCGCUUGGGGACAAGGACACACAAGCCCGCAACGGCCUGGGGACCGACGGGCUCUGCACAGAGGCACCGGGACUUGGCUGCGACGUGCUCCAAGGAGACCACGGCGCCCGCGACAAGCAGGGUGAUGGCGGGCUGGCGAGUACGCGGACUGCCCCCGAGGCGCCAGGUGGCCGUGGCCAGGACUCGCAGAGGCCCCCUCGGGCCCCAGGAAGCCCAGCACUAAGUCCCCCACACGUAGGCCCUGGAGGCAGCUCAAGUGCCAACCACGAAUCCCCAGUGGACUGUCAACGACACUGUUCCCUCAAACCAGGGACGCGGCCGAACGGACAGCCACCUCGGGAGAAGCGCUCCCGCUCUGCCUCCCUGGGCCCUGCUCUCCAGUCACCACCCCCGGCUUACAGGUGGGCAAACUGAGGCUGAGUUCAAGGACUCCCAAGGCCCCUCAAACCACAAGGGGCUGUGCCUUCCUGUGCGCCACCCCGGGGAGACGGCGGCGGCAGGUGUCCAGGGGGGAGCCCCGGCCCCGCAGAGGGAGCGCGGAACGCUGGGCAGGGCCGGCCAGGUGCAUGCGCGGCUUUUCCAGCUUCCCCCGCGGGAGCGCUGUGCCCUCAAACUUUUGUGACACAAGAAAUACACAGCCCUCCCUCCAAACACACUUGCGCUGCUGUGACGGAAUCAGAUAGUUGGGGACGCAUGCCGGCCUGUGACUGCAAACGCCCACAAAACGUGGCGACGGCUGUGCUUUCACAAGCACCGAGACAACGCACCUCCCCUCGCAGACCAGCUAAGGUCAAGACCCGCUGGAGGAUAAGCCGGCACCUUGAGAGCUCGGGCUGGGAGCAGACAGACCUCGCUGCCUGGCAGGGCUCUUCCGGAGCCUCGGAUUGUCCAUGAGAAAACCCGGUCCCCGUGGAGGAGGGACCUGGGAGCACCGGGUCAGCACUCAGUGGUUCCAGCCCCUCGAGACUCUGGCGAGACUCCGAGUCGACCCUGGAGGCCGUACCACACCGGGUGCGAGUCCUACUCUGAGCCUCAGUUUCCCCAUCUAUAAAACGUGUCCGGGACGGCACAGACCCGGGGAGUCCCGUGGACCGGGAGCCGACAGGUGUCUGGACACGAGGCCGACCGGCUGUCACCGUGGGGGCUGCCGCCACUCUCUCCCCAGCCGGCUUUGGGGAAACAGCCACCGGCCGUCAUCCGCCUUCUAGUUUUCAAACACAGAGCGGACCCGGCCCCUUCUGCCUGGGGAGGCCUUUCCGGCCGGCCGCGCCCCCACCCACUCGCCCGGCCCGCACACGCCGCACUCACGAAGCCGUUGUCCAUGAUCCGGCACAGGCUCUUGAGCGUCUCCAGGUCCUUGGUGAAGUGAAACUGUACCAGGCGCGAGUUCCGGAACAGCGGCACCAGGGUGGUCUGCGGGCAGGCCGGACGGCGCCGUGAGACAGGGUGCCCAGAACGGUCCGCGGCCACGCCGCCCAGCCUCGCCCCCGCUUCUGACCUCCACCGGGUCCACACCCGCCUAUCUUCACUUGCCGGACAAGCUGGCCACAGGGCCCUGGCGCGUGCUGUCCCUCCGUCUAGGAUGUUCUCCAGCCGGCAACUCCAGUGCCCCCUUCUCGGGGAAGCGCCCCGGCCACCCCAUGGUCUGCUGGCUGUCACAAAGGCCGAGUGCCUCCCAUCACACUCACCAGCAGCUGCUGCGGGAUGAGCUGCAUAUACAGCUUCCUUGGCCACUGCUCGGUCCUCCUGCGGGGCAAGGGGACGGGGGUCAGGAAGCUGGGUCUUGGCAAGACGCUGCCUCCGCCCCCAGCCCGGCACUCACAGGAUCUCCCCUUGGUUCACGUAGACGUGCGACGGCAGCCACCUCUUGGACCGACUGUUGGGCUCAGGCCUGGGCUUUUGGGGAGAGGAAGAGGGGAGACAUCAGGAGGGGGGAGGCACCCCAGUCAGCGAAGACACGCUGGUCUUCAGGUCGGCCAGGUCCCCCCAGGACUCACCUCUUGCCACUCCAUGACCCCGCUCCACGCCAGGAACUUGUUGUUGACGAUCUGAACUGGGCCCGCGACCCCGCCGGGACCCACCGCCUGCGGGAACAGACGAGUGGGGCCAAUGCCUGGGAGUGCCCCAGGGAUGCUUCUGGGGAACCUCAGAGCUGUCCUGAAGACCCUGGCCCCCGUCUCCAGGCAGUCUGGCCACAGCCCCAGAGCUGGCCCUGCCCCUCAGCUGCUCACAGACCUUCCAUGGCUCCCCAGUGCCCCAGAACAAGUCUCAGAUGCUCAACCUGGGGUACAAAGCUCACAGGGUCUGCCCCUAAGACCCAGACAACCCUGUUUGUUGCACAAACAGGAACACUACUCAUAAAUAACUGGCAAGGGGUGAACCAGGACAGUUACCCUCCAGAGCCUUCCAGCCGCAUAGCAGCCCUCCCCAUAAGCCUGCGGCCCAUCUCCAAGCCCUGCUGUGUGUAGGAGGCCCUCCAGUGAAGAACCGCCCUCCACCACCCCCCCGCCCCCAAGCCACGCUGACAAGUCUGGGGCAGGGCUGGCCUGGGCUCCACCAGCACACCUGUUUGCGCGUGGUAAUGACCUGCCGGAUGGCGUUGACAAAGCCGCUCUGGUCGUAGGGGAUGAGGCCCAUGAAGAUCUUCUUCUUGGACGAGUACAGGAGCAUGAGCACGCGCACCUCGCAGGGGGAGAUGUGAGGAAACAGCAUGCACCCCGCCUGGGGGGGGGGGGCAGGAAGUCAGAGACCCCUCCAAGCUAACCAGAGACUGUCCUGUCUCGGGGACAGGUCGUCACUGGACAGAAGUCCUCAAAGUCGCCCUGUGCCCUUCCGUGACGAGUGAGAGGCCACAGCACAAGGCAAGAGCAUGUGAAUGUGCACUUGGGGGUCUCCCUCAGCUGGUCAAUCUGUGGUGAGGGCCUGGGACCCACCGCUGAGGCAGGAGGAUCCUGAGAGGGUGGCACCUCCCCCCCGCCCCCCACCGCGUCGCCCCCUCUCGAUGCCGCUUUGUCCCGAGUAGGGCCUGCCUCGGCCGAGCCGCCUCCAGGGAGGCACUGGGCGCAGCCCCAGCUCUACUCCCUCCUACGUGCGUGCCCCAGUGCAAAUCACUUCAUGUUCUGGACCUCAGUUUUCCCAUCUGUAAGAUGGCUUAACGACAGUCCCGUGGUCGCCGCCACAUAAACAUCUUUACGCGAGACGCCAAUGCCUCCUUGGCAUGACGUCAGAAAGGAGUGUCACAGGCCUCUCUAUCUGGGCUGUCGGGACAAAGAGGCGGCUACCUCGGGGAAUACCCCUGACUUGUCCUGUCACCCAGGGGCCACCUGCUCAGGGAACCUGUCCCCUGCCUUCCCGGACCAAGGCGCGGCCCGUCCUCCCAGAGCUACCAGUAGGACCAGGAGUGUGACCGGCCAGGGAGCGUGCUGGUGCGCUUCUCCCCUGUGGCCCUCGGGCCCGUCGGCCAAGCAGACGGCAGGCCCUCAGCAAAUGGCGCUGAGGUCAGGGCCGGCCCAUCGGGCAAGAGACUGCGCCAAUCACGACCCCCGGAUUGUCCGGGCCCCAAGGGAACGGGAAUCUACCUGGACACUGGGGGUCAUGGCCCGCCCACACAGUAGGCGGAAGGAGGCGCUUGGUCCCAAAGGGGACCCCAGAGCCGAGUCCUGUGGUGUCCCGAGCGGAGGAUCCGCUCUCCUCUCUUGCCACCCAUCCCCCGCGAGCACCUGUCCCCUUCGGCAACCAGACCCCUGUGGGGUGGGGGUGUUCACCGCUGAGAUCAGGGCCCGGAGGAGACGCUGGGGCCCAGACCGGAGGGGCUGCAGAGACCACGCCAGACUCACUCCCUGACGGCCCCAUGUCACAGUCACUCACCAGCCCACGCUGACCAGGUGUCGACCACACGUGCAGGCUGCCUCCUCCAACACCACACAAGUUCACUCCCGCUAACCGCCCUGAGGCGUCCCGCCGCCAGCCCCGCUUGCCGGAUGGGGGAACGGCCCCAGCACAGAAUAUCCCCCUGGCCCGGCUCACCCUCCCCGCACCCCCACGGCCAUCUUCAGUUGGGUCCCUGCCACGUGCCGUGUCCCCAACAGGCUCCUAGGUCUCAGGAGGGCCAGCUGGGGCCCUCCACUCACUCGCAUCCCUGGCGCCACCGCCCGCGUCCUCCGUGCUCUGCCUUCCCUGACACCCGCGUGUUCAGACACGGACCAAGACUCCGGAGGGAGGCCUUGGGCCCCCGGCCCCCCGCCCAAGGGUCCCGCUCUACUCACGAAGCCGUUGCCCAUGACGCGGCACAGCCCCUUGAGGGAGUCGCAGUCUCUGUUGGUGAAGUGGAACUGCGCCAGCUGGGAGUUGCGGAACAGGGGGCCCAGGGUGGUCUGUGGGCGGCCAGGGGACAGCUGGGUCACCGCCAGGGGCGGGGUCCCCGGGAAAACGGGCCUGGGGAGGCCGGAGGUGGGUCUUACCAGCAGCUGCUGCGGGAUGAGCUGCAUGAUGAGCUUCUGCGGCCACUGGUCGGUCUCCCUGCGGUGGGGGAAGGGGGGGGAUGGCGAGUCAGGGGAGCCCCGGCCACCCACCUACCCCCGCCCCCUGCCCGCCACUCACAGGUUCUCGCCCUGGUUCACGUAGGCCUGGCAGGGCAGGGCCCGCUUCAGCUUCGCCGUGGAGUCCGAGUAGGGUCUGCGCUUCUGGGGGCGGGGGGGGGGGGUCACCGGGCACAACCCGGGUGCGCGGCCCGCCCCACACACAGGGCCAGCCCCCCACCCCCACCCCCGGGCUCGCGAGGGGACCCCGCGGCUCACCUCCUGCCACUCGAGGACGCCGCUCCAGGCCAGCAGCUUGUUGCCGAGCCGGUGCUCGCCCACAGCCAGACCCCCGAGGGCGAGCCCAGGCGAGGAGGGCCCGAUGGGACCCAGGGCCCCGAAGACCCGAGCACCUUGCUGCGGCAGAGGGGAGGGGGGAAGCCGAGGCUGGAGGACCCGCAGGGGCAGCCUGUCCACCGCACGCAACCCAGCGUUCAGACCCAAACCCCCUGCUCAGAAACUCCCGGGGCCACGUCCAAACCACUCGUCCCAGGAGUCAAAGACCCCAAGUGGCUGACCUACAUAUCCUUUCCCUGCCACUACGAGCCCCUCCUCCCCGGCCACUUGUCACCUCAACGCUGGUCUGCUCCUUGCUCCAGCUGUGCCCUUGGCCCGGAAUACCAUCCCUCCCCCUUCAGGAGAUGCCACUCACUCACCCUCCUGGCCCGAUCAAUUCUUGGUCCCUCUGUCCUGACCCAACUCAGAAGCCAGCGGCCCGAGGGUCCAGGCCUCCAUGAAGCCCCCACAAUGCACACACCAGUCUACACUGCAGCUGGCUGCCUGGCACAUGGGUUUGCCCCAACCCACCCACGCUGAAAACUCUUCCAAAGCCCCCCACGGCCCUCAAGAGAAAGUCUGGACUCUCUCCUCUAGAUCCUGCCAACCUUUCCGAGGUGGUCGCCGGCCCUCCUUCCCUCCCUUGCAGACCCCGGGCGGGGGGAGGGGGGGGGCGGGGGGUGGAGAAGGGAAACCAAAGCACAGAGAACAGAACCAUCCAGGGAGGCAGAGAAACUUUUGGAAGAGGGAGCGUAACAUCAAGAGGGAUUUCAGACACCACAUCUUGAGAGUGGUUGCAGAACACCCAGAGAACGUUCCAGCAACAAAGCCAAGGAAAGCUACACGUUCGACUCUUCACAGGGCACUCUCCCAGAUAUCCUUUUUUUCCCCCUAAACCAAAGACAUCUCAAAGCAAACAAGGGAAAGGCUUUGGAACUGGCUGGCAGCAAGUACUCCCUACAAAUCUCACCAGUAAAUGCCUCCGGGCAGCAGAAAAAAUUA